AUGGCACAGGCUCUUCGACAGGUUAUAACAGGAAUUUCCGGUUCUGCGAGUGUUGACGCUGAUGCAUCGAAGGCUAAUGGCGGGAAGAAAAAGAACCAUGGGAAAGGAAAAGGUACAAGUACGCAUAGAAAGUCGUCGUUGAGAAGCGAUGAGGACGACGAAACGGGCGACAUGAUGGACGAAGAUGGUAACCAGCCGGGUGGCGACGAGACUGAGAGCAGGCUAGGCGUGACUCUGCUGUCUGUGCUGGGUUACCUUGCCCAAGCACUCGACGUUCUGAAACUGGCGAAUCAGAGCGAGACACGUAAGUCCCUGCUGGGGAUGCUCGUGGAGGCCACGCGAUUUUCUCUAGACGAUCAGCAGCGGGUGGAGGGAGGCAGGAAGGGAUACGUCGGUGCGGAUCGGACGAGGGUUUCGGUGGGCAGAGGUCGGACGGUGGAAGCCUGGAGACUUCCCUACCGUAUGCUUCUCAAGUUAACGGACCCGCAGCACGGCAAGCCUCUUGACACAGCCGCUUGUAUCCUCAUGGCCAUUGGUCCGCAGAUCCUCAUGACGCACGCUGACGUCACCGCCGCCAGCAGCAACAGCUCGAAAGCUCCGAGCCUGGUUUCCCCCUCGCUGCUGCGGUCCCGCGCCCUCGAUUUUGUCACAUCCGAUCUUCUCACGAAAGCGCCAAAGGAGUGUAUCCCUGCGGUUGAGUCUCUGCUGCGGUACCUGUGCCUGCAUGCGCCGGAGAGGGCGGAAGGGAGGGCAGCAGCGGUGGAAGGGAUUGUGAAGGUGUUCGACACGGUGGGGAGGAAGGAGAGGGAGGGGUUUUUUCUGUUCGUGGGGAAGCUGGCGAGGGUUGACAGAGCAGCCGCGCGGGUGGUGGCUUUGGACUUGAGUGCUGCUCUGGUUGAACGGAUGGCGCAAACGUGGGGGAGAGGGGAGGGCGGGGGAGGGAGUAUGGGGUUGGGGGCUAUGGAAGAGGGUGGUGGGGGUCGGAGCCGUGAUGUGGAAGAUGGGGACACGGGGAUUGGGAAGGGGCGGGAGGAGGCAGCCGGUGGGGAAGAGGGGGAAGGGACUGGGGGGAAAGGGGGAGAUGCAGAGAGGGACGAAGGGGAUGAAGUGAGUCUGAGUCAGGGGUCAGCUUCAGAAGGAGGUUCUCCUACUGACAGGGAGAAUGGAAAUUGGCAGGGGGUGGGGACCGGCAGCAGAGAGGCUGGGGAUAGCAGUGGGACUGGAAGCCCUGACGCAAGUAUUGGCCGUGGGUCCGGGCUGAGUGGGGAAUCGGAGCCUGGAGAAGCAUUGGGAGCUGGGACGGGUUGGUCGGUUCUGAGUGUAGAGGAGGUGUUGGGCAUGGUGCGGAUGCGUUUGGAGGACGAGAAGGGGCUGGUGCGCAAGGCGGCGGUGGGGGCUCUGGAGGAGAUUGUUGGGCUGUCGAGGCUGCCACUGAGGGAGGAAUUGGUGUAUGCCAUUGGGGAGCUGUGCUCCGACUCGCUGCUGAGCGUCCGGAGGGUGGCUCUCACCGCGUUGUCCAAGCUGACCAUGUCAAACCCAGGCCACGUGUGGCUGCGCGCCAAGUGGCUGCAAUCCGCGUUCGUUCUCAUUCUCGACAACGAGGCCACUGUGCAAGACCAGGCGCUAGACCUCCUCGCCUCCCUGCUCCUCCAACCCCUCGGCCUCAUCUCUGCGUCUCCCCGCCUCUCUGCUGCUUCGAGGAUGAGUCUGUGCAAAGAUAGGCCCCUGCACGUGUGUGUGGGGAGGAGGGGGGUGCCUCCUGCCCCAGUGCUCUGUGAGGGGGAGGGAGUGUGUGAGAUGUGUGCGCGGGCUGCUGGGGGAGAGGGUGCUGGAGCAGCAGGAGGAGGAAACGCAGCAGGAGCAGCAGCAGCAGCAGCAGCAGUAGUAGCUGAAGGGUCAGUGCGAAGUGCAGUGGCGUGGCUGAUGGCGAUUGGUCAAGGGAACUCGUCGGUGGUGCCGUUGCUGCACCGCGCAUGUGCGGUUCUGGCUCGGCGGAACGCGCUCAAUGCAAGGCUCGUGGAAGGGCUGCAGGCGGUGAUUGAAGCGGCCGAGGGAUGGCAGAACGCGCAGCAGCAGCAGCAGCAGCAGCAGCAGCAGCAGCAGCAGCAGCAGCAGAAGCAGCCGACUGGGAAAGGAAAUUCGGUAGCAAUGGCAGCAGGUGUGAAGGGGGCCAGCCCCAGCAGUCUAUGGAGGUGGGUGGUGAGGGGCGCGUGGCUGCUACUGCUGGAAGUCACCUCCUUCUCGCCACAGGGGGUCAGAUGGGAGUUUCUGAUUUCCAGAUGGAGGGACGGCAGGAAGCAGCAGGAAACCGGAACUGCUCGUCCUGAGUCGGUCUCUGCAGCACCUGCUGUUGGUCAAGAUGCUGCUGAGGCUGCAACUCCAGGUUCUGGUUCCAGGGUCAUGGGCGGGCAGGAGAGAGCAGGGGUUUUGCAGGGGCAGGAAAAGGAGGCAGAAGUGUUGGACGAGCAGGAGAGAGAGGCGCAAGUGCACGUGCUCAAGGCUCUCUGCAAUGUCGCUGCACGAAUCCCAAGGGAGAAAGCUGCUGACGUGGCAGCAGGCCUGCUGCACAACCUGCGGAGCUUCCAGCUGUCCCCAGAAGAGGCUGGGGUCAAAGCAGGUCGACGCCGGCAGGGGAGCCCUGACCAGAACAGGGCGGAAGUGAGGGCACAGGAGCGGCGGGAGGAGCAGCCAGAGGAGGAGGGGGAGGAUGAGGCGAAGGAGAAGGAGCAGCAGAAGCAGCAGGAGGAGCUGGAGGAGGGGGCAGAGGGGCAGCCUUGGGGGCAGAGGGUGGAGUGUGCAGUGUUUGUGUGCGGCCAGCUGGCACUCAUUGCUGGGGAACUCGCAGAGACACACGCUGCUGCUGCUGCUUCAGCACCACCAGUACCCGUUGCUGCUGCCGCCGCUGCAACCAACCCUGGGACAGCAGCAGCAGCAGCAGCAGCAGCAGCAGCAGUAGCAGCAGCAGCGGCAGCAGGGGUGCGGGUCCCAGUGUUGGCGCAUGGGUGGCUGGCUCUGGGUCGCUUCUCUCUGGUGGACCACGCACUGGCCAAGACCUGCGUGCCGCUCUUCGUCCAGGCAAGUGAGCUGCAGCGCAGCCCACUCCCCUCAGUGCGCAACAACCUGGUCAUCAUCCUCACAGACCUCUGUGAGCUGCAGUGCAGUCCUCUCCCCUCGGUCCGCAACAACCUCAUCGUGAUUCUCACAGACCUCUGUGUGCGCUACACCGCCCCCCACGUGCCCUACAUCUCCACCUGCCUUCUAACUCCCUCCCAACCCUCUCCCAACCAUUUUUCCAACCCCCAAUCCCGAUCCAAACAGGAGCUCCAGAGGAGUUCUCUCCCCUCAGUGCGCAACAACCUGGUCAUCAUCCUCACAGACCUCUGUGUGCGUUACACAGCCCUCGUCGACCCCCACGUGCCCUGCAUCUCUGACUGCCUGCGCGACCCCUGUGAGCUCGUGAGGCGGCAGACGCUCGUGCUGCUGGCGGGGCUGCUGCAGAGGGACUAUGUCAAGUGGCGUGGGGUGCUGGUGCUGCGCGUGCUGCUGUGCAUUGUGGAUGAGUCUCAAGCGAUAAGAGAGGUGGCUCUUUAUCUCUUCACACACGUCGUUCCUCGUGAGUCAAAAAGAGGGUAA